AUGUGGAAGGGAACUCGACUCUCACCUACUCAGGUGGUCUUCAAUGAGUCACAAUUUCUUUUUCAGUGGAAGUGUGCCUCUUCAAUGCCUCCACAUGUUUCUGUCCCACCUGUUUUAUCGCAAGCCCCUUUAGUUCGAUGGUGUCCUCCUCUUGUUGGUCUCUUAAAGUGUAAUUUUAAUGUUGCCUUUGCUGCAAAUCAUGAGUUUAUGGGCCUUGGUUGGAUUAUGAGGAACCUUUCUGGUGUUUUUAGGGCUGCUAAAAUGAAGACUGUUAUGGGAACCGUCUCCUUUACAGUUGCUGAAGCUUUGUGCUUUCGUGAAGCUCUCAGUUGGUUGAAGGUUCGAGGGUGGACGAAGGUUCAGCUUGAGUCUGAUUCCCUUCUUCUGGUUCAGGCAGUUUCAUCCCGACUGACUUAUCGAUCUUAUUUUGGUUCUAUUGUAAAUGAUCGUAAAUGGUUAAUGCGGGAUUUACAGUUUUGUUCCCUGCAUUUUGUUAGAAAAGCAGCGAACCAGGCUGCUCACACUGUGGCUAGAGCAGCUAUUUCUGAGCCUGGUGAGAAUGAAUGGGUUGAUGAGGUCCCUUCAUUCUUAGAGGAUGCUGUCCAGUUUGAUUUGCUCUCUUAA